UGGCAAUUCUUUUCUUUAUUAUGAUUGAAAAAAUGUAUCUAGUGACGUCUGUUCAAUGUUUAUGAAAAUUGAGAAUAAUGUUUAAUAAGUAUUCUGUUUUCCUCCUUUGAUAAGAUUUGAUUUCGUUCUUAAAUUUCACUGGAGUUAUAAUUUCAAAAUGCCUGAGACAGAAGGGGCUACUGGAGGUGAAGAUACUUCUCAAGAAUCAACUUUUGAAUGUAAUAUUUGCUUAGAUACUGCAAAAGAUGCUGUAAUCAGUUACUGUGGGCAUCUUUUUUGCUGGCCAUGCUUGCACCGAUGGCUGGAAACUCGACCGGCACGACAAGUAUGUCCUGUCUGCAAAGCUGCCAUUAAUAGGGAUAAAGUUAUUCCGCUUUAUGGCAGAGGGGGAUCUCAGCAGGAUCCUAGAGAUAAAUUGCCUCCAAGGCCACCUGGUCAAAGAACAGAACCAGAAAACAAUGCAGGGCAAACAUUUCCUGGGUUUGGUUUUGGUGAUGGAGGUUUUCACAUGUCCUUUGGAAUUGGUGCCUUCCCAUUUGGAAUCUUUGCAUCUUCAUUUAAUUUUGGAGAAAAUCGACCAACUCCAGCUCCAGGAACACCAGAAUUUGAAGAAGAUCAGUUUCUAUCCAAGGUCUUUCUUUAUGUAGCUAUUGCUUUUAUCAUUUGGUUAUUACUUGCGUGAAAAUGGAAUUAAAAUUGUAUUAGGUUGUAUGCGUUAUACUAUUUGAAAUGAACUAUAUUAUUGAAUUCAAGUUUUUUUUUUUUUUUUCACUGUAUUUAAGAAAAAACUGUCGCUACUUUUCCAAAAUUUCAUAGAGCACCUGGUGAGUGUAAUGGUUUAUUUUUAAUAUAAAAAGAUCAAAUACUUUGCUGAAGUGGAUAUUUUAGAUUUUCAAUAAAUAAUUCCCUGCCUCUCAA